UCCGAGAUAAAUGAAACGUAUGGAGGGCGCAUGUGUCAAUCAUCGAUUUUUCCAAUGGCGUCACUGUAAGUCGAAGGUCAAGAGCGAAGCAGCAUGGCCGCUCUGUUACGGAGCUCGCGCUGUCUAGCUGGAAAGUGUCAUAAUCAUGUCUACGCCGCGCAGGUUUGCAUCAGGUCCAUGGCCUCUAAAACCCACGUGGGCUUCAUUGGCCUGGGGAACAUGGGAAACCCAAUGGCAAAGAACCUCAUGAAACAUGGAUAUCCAGUGAUAGCCUCAGAUGUAUUUCCAGAGUCCUGCAAAGAGCUACAGGAGCUAGGAGCUCAGAUCCUGGACAGCCCCGCGGAUGUGGCAGACAAAGCAGAUCGCAUCAUCACAAUGCUUCCCUCCAGCCCCAACGUUAUUGAUGUGUACACAGGCCCAAACGGCAUCCUGAAGAAAGUGAAGAAGGGGUCCCUCCUCAUUGAUUCCAGCACUAUUGAUCCAGCUGUCUCCAAGGAAAUGGCAGCUGCCGCAGAGAAACUGGGAGCUGUUUUCAUGGAUGCCCCAGUGUCUGGAGGUGUUGGUGCUGCCGCUUCAGGUAAGCUCACCUUUAUGGUUGGUGGGCCAGAGGAGGAGUUCAAUGCAGCCAAGGAGCUCCUGACCUGUAUGGGCGCUAAUGUGGUGUACUGUGGCCACGUUGGCACCGGACAGGCUGCUAAAAUCUGCAACAAUAUGCUGUUGGCCAUUGGGAUGAUUGGAACAGCGGAGACCAUGAAUUUGGGAAUCAGAUUAGGGCUUGACCCGAAACUUCUGGCGACGAUCUUGAACAUGAGCUCUGGCCGCUGCUGGUCGAGUGACACAUACAACCCUGUCCCAGGGGUGAUGGAGGGAGUGCCCUCCGCAAACAACUACCAGGGUGGCUUCGGAACUACACUCAUGGCCAAGGAUCUGGGACUUGCUCAGAAUACAGCAACUAACACAAAGACACCAGUGCCGUUGGGCUCUCUGGCCCAUCAGAUUUACCGUAUGAUGUGCGCACGCGGCUACGCCAGCAAAGACUUCUCAUCUGUCUUCCAGUUCCUUCGUGAAGAGGAGGGCCAGUAGACGGCAACCCUCUCUGCCCCUUCGGCAGCCUUACCCAGCACUGCCUGCCUUUCACAUGACCCGACAUGCAAAACUGUGACCCAACUACGUGAUUUCAUUGGCAUGCAUGUGCUGGGAGCCAUAAAUGAGUGAGCGAGGGAGUGAAUGAAUACAUAUGUGGAUUGGAUGAUAGUGGGAAAGAGCUGUUCAUUUUGUUAGUGUGUGUGUAGCAUGUGAGUUUCUGUUGGAAUCAUGUUACUCGUACAAUUAGUAAUCCACCAAUCAGUUGAUGAGAUGCUAUGAAUUUAAUGUUCUGAUUUUUUGCUCGCCUUCUUUGCGGUUCUGCAGGCUAACGAAAGAUUAAAAAUGUGUCAUUUAAUUCUCACCAAUCACUAACCCGCAAGACUCCGAUUAGCCGUUACACUCCAUUUCUUUGCAAAUGUACAAUUUCAGUUUUUGUGUCCUUUGUGUAUCUGUCUUGUUAAUGGUGUUGGAUAUACAUGUGUAUUUAAACACCUGGCAAUUAAAGUAGGAAAUGUGUGUAUCUUCAAUGUUAGGAGUGUGGCGUGUUGAUACACAGUGAUAUAACACUUAUUGUUCAUGGACGUGGUGUUGUCGGGGCACUAAGAUGACUUUAUAAUCGUGUAGGUAAUCCUGAUAAAAGCGGAUAACCAGUUAACAAUGACGCAACACGGUGCAUAUUUUUACCUGGUCUCCUCCCUCUUUCCAAGGUCACACAGUGGAAUGUAUUUUUUAUGCUUCUUUAUGAAGCUUCACCUUGAAUUCAGUGCACAAUAAAAAUUAGUCAUCUACAAA